GCUGAAGAAUGAAGCAAGGCAUCCUGUGCUUGUAGAACGUAAAAAGAAAGGAAGGGAAAUCAGCAAGAGAACAGCACAGUAAAACUUUACAGUGGUAGUGUAGAUGGUUUCUGGGUCUCUGUUUCUCCCUUUUUUCGUUGUAAAGCUUGUUGUCAAAAGAAAACACCUGAACUGCUUCAUCAUAAGAAGUAUCUUCCAAGCCACCAUCAACCACCACCACCACCACCGUUAAUAAUCAAGCUCUUUGUGUCAGAAAAGAAAAACCCAUUAAUUUUGCUACUCAAUUUAUCCAAAAGCAUGCAACGUGAAUCAAAACGUGGCCACUUUCAGCUCUCCAUUGAACCGUAGAAACUAAACUGUAUUGUGGAUUGUUGCUUUAUAUUGUAACUAUGUUGAGCCCAGUCUCUGCAAAAACCACACCCAAUGCCACCCCAUUGCACAAUUCCUUCCCUCAGAACGACAAUCACAUCCAUAAAAACGGAAAUAAAACCCCAUCUCCGCUUCUAAAGCGAACCCCAUCACCCUCCUUCUCCAAACCAAAAAUCAAACCUUCCAAAAAGACACUGCAAGAACUACGCAUCGAUGAGUCGUCUCUUGAUAACCCGGAUCUGGGCCCCUUUUUAUUAAAGCUUGCCAUAGACACCAUUGCUUCCGGUGAUAACCAGAAUAAGGCCUUAGAUUAUGCGACCCGAGCGUCAAUAUCGUUUGAGAUAUCCUCUGGUCCGGGUCUGGACCUGGCUAUGAGCUUGCAAGUGGAAGCUGCAAUCUAUUGCAGCAGGGGCCGAUUGGAGAACGCAAUUCCGGUUUUAGAACGGUCUAUUGAGGUUUUGGAUCAUAAAAGCGGGUCGGAUCAUGCGAUGGCGAAGUUUUCCGGGCUCAUGCAGCUCGGUGACACGUAUUCUAUGCUAGGCCGGGUGGACCGAUCCAUAUCGUCUUAUGAGUCCGGUUUAAAGGUCCAAAUUGAGACUCUCGGGGAUUUGGAUCCAAGAGUUGCUGAGUCUUGCAGUGAAAAUGGCAGGUAUUUAGCCGAGGCUUAUGUUCAAGCAAUGCAGUUUGACGAGGCAGAAAAACUAUGCCAAAAGAGCCUUGAAAUUCACAGGGAGCAGAACGUACCAGCAUCAAUUGAAGAGGCAGGUGAUCGCCGGCUUAUGGCUCUUAUUUAUGAAGCGAAGGGGGAGUAUGAAUGUGCUCUUGAGGAACUUGUACUUGCUAGUAUGGUGAUGACUGCUGCCGGUCAGGAAAAUGAAGUAGCUGCUAUUGAUGUUAGCAUUGGCAAUAUCUAUGUGUUCCUCUGUCGCUUUGAUGAAGCCAUUUUUUCAUACCAAAAAGCCUUAACAGUCUUUAAAUCUACAAGGGGAGAUGAAUACUCUCCUGUUGCGUCGGUCUAUAAUCGCUUGGCAGAAGUGUAUUAUAAAACAGGCAAGCUAAGAGAGUCCAAAUCAUACUGUGAGAAUGCGCUGAGAAUAUUUUCAAAGCCAGUGACUGGGAUUGCAACCGAGGAGAUUGCUGGUGGUUUGGCUGAAAUCUCAGCCAUCUAUGAAGCUUUAAAUGAACAUGGGGAGGCGUUGAAGCUCUUGUACAUGGCCAUGAAGUUACUGAAGGACACGCAAGGGCAACGCAGCAUGAUUGCAGGAAUUGAAGCACAAAUGGGACUGAUGUUUUACAAGGUUGGAAAGUAUGGGGAGGCUCGAAGUUCCUUUGAAAAUGCUGUAGCACAGCUCCGGGCCAGUGGGGAUGCUAGAUCAGUCUUCUUUGGGAUUUUGUUGAACCAGCUGGGACUGGCCAGUGUGCAACUGUACAGGAUACAUGAGGCAGUUGAAUUAUUCGAAGAAGCAAGAGAGAUUUUAGAGCAGGAAUGUGGCUCAUGUCACUCGGAUACCCUUGGAGUGUAUAGCAAUCUUGCAGCAACUUAUGAUGCUUUGGGAAGGGUCGAAGAUGCAGCUGUGAUAUUGGAGUACAUACUCAAGUUAAGAGAAGAAAAACUUGGAACAGCAAAUCCAGAAGUUGCUGAUGAGAAGAAAAGGCUAGCCGUGCUCUUGAAGGAAGCAGGGAGGGCUAGGAUCAGGAAAGGCAACUCCCUUGUAAAUCUCCUGGAUUCCAGCUCCUAGAGGAUGGAGGAGGAGGCUUCAAAGAGAUGGUCUGGAUUUGGUCUUAGAACUUGACUUGAAAUCUCACCCACACUUUUUUCCAAGAGACUCGACUGUUUGUGAUAUAGAAAGAUCAUGACAUAUUGUACAUAUUUAAAGGAGUCUUCGUUUUUCUUGGGAUUCCUCUAACAAUUCAUUUCCUUGGUAAUUUUCCUACUUGUUUCAAUAUUUUGUCCUUCUUUAAAAGCCAGCAAUAAAAUGAAACAGAUCUCUGUCGAUUCCAGGAUAUGCAUGUCAUUCAAAAUUAGAUUGAACUUUACUCUGUUA